GGUCGACGCGGUAUUAAACAUUGAACACUCGAACGCGAGAGUACAAAAUAAUACAUACGUCGUGGUAUCCCAUCAACUACCCUGCCGACAUGUUUUCAUUUCGUGAUAAUAUUUUCUAGCUGUUGUAUACCGAAAACUGAAUCGUGAUUAUUCGUGAAUAAUAGCGACCAGCAGUACAGACGUACGGUCGACUCUAGUGCAUCAUAGUGCAGUUACUGCAGUUUAUAGUCGUCCGACACCAACCAUCGCACGCGACUUUAUUGAUAAUAAUUAUUUAAAAAUACUAUUAUACAAUAAAAACACACGUCAUACGCGCGCACACACACACACGCUCAUCGGAACCGGUAAGAGAAGAAAAUAAUAAUACAUUAUUAUUACACGGAACUGCAGAAGGUUGUGAACCAGUGUGCACGGCGACGACGAAUUAUUGACGGCGCCGAUUCUACGUCUUGUCCGGUUAUAGUUGGGCAAACACUUCCGUUCGAUCUUCACUCUUAUUUUAGCGCAAUAUAAUUAUGUCUGUGUUACCGCGGAGAAUACUCAAGGAGACUCAACGUCUGAUGCAGGAGCCCGUUCCCGGCAUAAGUGCCCAGCCGGACGAAGGCAAUGCUAGGUAUUUUCACGUCAAAGUGACGGGGCCCGAAGACUCGCCGUUUGAAGGGGGCUUAUUCAAGUUGGAACUAUUUUUGCCCGAAGACUAUCCAAUGUCAGCGCCAAAGGUUCGCUUUAUCACUAAAAUUUACCAUCCAAAUAUUGACAGACUCGGAAGAAUAUGUUUGGACAUACUUAAGGACAAAUGGUCACCAGCGUUGCAGAUACGUACCGUUCUUUUGUCUAUACAAGCAUUGUUGAGCGCACCAAAUCCAGAUGAUCCAUUAGCAAAUGAUGUUGCUGAAUUGUGGAAAGUCAACGAAAUUGAAGCCAUACGCAAUGCUAAGGAAUGGACACGCAUGUAUGCCACAGAAAACUGAACAGUACGCUUUAAGUGAGGAGUAUAAAAAUAAAGUUAAAAGUUAAUAAUUAUAAUAAUAUAAAAUAUUCUGAAUGAAAACCAUUCUAAAUCGAGCAAUAUACUUUAUAUAUUUUUUUCCAACAGUUGUCUUUUAACUAAUGGAAAUUUAUUAAGAAUUAUAGAAAAUGGUAAUGAUGGAAUAUAAUUGUUAACAUUUUGUUGUUCCCCAAAUUGUAUUAUUAUGCCUUUGGUAUAUAAUCACAAUGAUAACUUAAAAGGGUAGGAAGUUUUACUAGCCUAUUCUACUGAAUGAGAUAUAGAACUGUUAAGUCAUCAGUGAAUACUAGUAAUAUACUUAUAUAUAUAUAUAUAUAUAAUAUGUAAAACAUGUAUUUUCAUUUUAAUGUUGUAAUGCUUUUCAUCAGUUAUGUCUUAAUUUAAACUUGUUCAUAAUCUUUUACUAUUCAAUUUUUUUUUAUGAUUAUUAUUAUUAUUAUUAUUAUUAUUAUAUUGCUGAGAUUCAUCAUUCUUGUGUGAAUAAAACAUUUAUUUAAGACUUA